GGUUGCGGCUGGGAGUCACUUAUGAAAAAGUGUAACGCCCGGUAACGUUACGAUGAGUCACCGAACGAGAGAGAGGCCCGCCGAAUGCCUUGCGUCUCUCUCCCACUCAACUAUGAUCGGUCUGCCGCGCAUUGCAUCGGCGCAUGCUUGUCUCUGUCUUUGUCUUUCUCGAACGUUCUUGGCGUUGGAAAAACAAGAAAGCGUCAUAAUACAAGUUCACACGUGUGGUUAAAGUAUCGUCUGCUGUGUCUGUAGUGAAAAUGUGGAGUGCUUAGAUUCGUCAUUUACAACAACUACAACAAUAAAGGUAAAUAAUUGUACACUGAUAUUUCAUUAUCGUAAACUAUGAUUGAUUGAUUAAUUGUUAGAUUGACACAAAAGUUGAGAAACUGAGUUUAUAGGUUAUGUCAUACUAUUGAUAAAUGUUGAUAGUGACGAAAAUAAUUCUGUGUGUGCGGAUGUGUGUGUUUACUUGAGUGCCAGAAACGAUUUGCUUUGCUGGCUUCUAGUGGCUGUUGGUCGGUGGUGGGAGUGUUUUUGUUUUUUGUUUUUUGGCACAUCAUAUAUAUGACGACUGAGCAAGUAUGUAUGUGCGUAUAUAUGUGCGUGUGUAUGAAUAUUGAUUUAGAUCAGUCUGCAUUGGAUAAGGUAUUAUUUUUUGUUUUUUUUUGUUUUUUGUUUUUUGGCUUUAUGAUAUGUGUAGUGUAUGUUUGUGUGUAGAAAUUUUCAUAUGAAUUAGGUAGCCAAAACGAAACAGAGAGCUGCGGUCGGCUUUAAAAACGAUAUGCGAAUAUGAUGAAUUGAAAUACUUUUUGGUUAGUAAAUUAUUUUCUUUUGUUUUUAAUAAAAGAAAUGUUUAUUUUUUAUAAUAAAAGAAAUGUUUAUAUUUUAUAAUAAAGGAUAUGUUUAUUGUUUAUAAUGUCACAUUUGAUAAUGUGUUCAUAGAAAUCGCACAGGUACCUAGAUGGUGUUGAAAUUACUUCUAUUUUCCUAAACCAUAAGUUUCAAUAAAUGUUAAAACAUCGCCCGAAUCACCACUCUCAAAACAAUGGAAACGGUGCCUUCAACUUCCAGUACAUCAAUGCAGACGGAGGAUAUCGUGCCGUCAACGUCUGCAGUACCUUUCGUUGUUCCACACACCACCUCUACCGCCAGAACGAAUGCUGAGCGACAACGUGAGUACAGACUACGAAAAGCAUUGACCAGAACUCCUGAACAAGUAAGAGCCUUUGCAAAAGCGGCUGCGGAGAGGCAACGCAGGUUCAAGCUACGUAAAUCUGCUAACAUAGCCCUCACCAGCGGUACGUCAGAGUCACCUGCUUCAACGUCUUGUUCUGUGGUGGAGAGAACAAGCGUUCCUGUCGUGGCGGAGAGAACGAGCGUUCCCCUAACUAACGCUCAACGGCAACGUGCAUUCCGACAACGUAGAGCAGCAUCUUCUCGGACUGAUGUACAACCGAAUACUUCUUCAAGCCAAACAGCAAUACAACUGGAACAAUCCACCUGGUAUACCAAAUGGUCAUCGUCAAUACGGAGAUUUCAAUCUACUUUCCUGGACAACGAUUUUGGCCAUGCUUGCUCGGUUUGUGACAGAUUGUGGUUCAAAAAUGACCUUAAAACCAUCACUGCACUACAACUGAAGGUAAUCUCGGAUUGGUACGUUAAGGAAAAUCGGCAGCUACGCAAGGAGGAUUAUACAAAGUCUUGCAACACCUGUAGACAAUCACUGAAUAAGCGUAAGCUUCCUACUCUCGCAAAGGUCAACGGCUUCUCAUAUCCUGACAUACCUCCGGGUCUACCGCCUCUGGAUCCUAUCAGUGAACGUUUGGUCUCACCGCGCCUUCCAUUUAUGCAAGUGCGUCGACUGCGUCAUGAUUUCUCUUAUGGAAUUAUUGGACAAGUGAUAAACGUCCCAGUCAACGUACAAGACAUGGUAAAAUGCUUGCCUCGCCAUCUAGAAGAGGACGAUGUUAUCAACGUUAACAUCAAAAGGAAUCUUGCACACAAAACAAAUUACAUCAGCGGGUACAUGUCUAAGCGUACGGUCAAAGAAUGGUUAGAUGUACUUCAAAAUUCAAGUCUAUAUCGUUUGUACGAUAUCAAAAUAGAUUUGUCAAGACUGCAGCCUGCAUUGCCAUCAGAUGAAGGCCUUCAAGAUGAUCCUGCUAAUCGGAUCGAAGCAAUCUCCGCCGAAUAUACGCCCGAGUCUGAAGUUCUUGCUGCGAGACAGCACACACUACUGUGGAAUGAAGAGGAUUGUCUUGACAUCGCACCAGGACAUCGGGCAACGCCUCUUAACAUCAUUUAUGACCGUCAUGCAGAAGAACUAUCAUUUCCUGCGAUAUACAUCGGAGAGCCCCGCCGUUUCAACAUGAACAUUUCAGUGACACCGUACAUGAUGGCGACCAGUGAAAUACGACGGAGUGACAGGCGUGGAGCCACGCCUCAAAAAGUCUUAUACGAUGCAAUGAAGAUUCUACGUCUGCGAAUGGUCGAUGGGAUUUACAGCACAUUCCGAAGUGUUUCGAUCACAGAGAGCGUAACUCGACGCAUGUUAGAGGAUCCGGAGUUUCUCAAAGAAUUCGUUGUGCAGAAUCUCGCCUUUAUGAAGUCGGUGCCAAACUCUGUCCAGUACUGGGCCUCUCGUAAACGAGAUCUCUUCGCUAUGCUCCGUCAACUUGGUAAACCGACCAUCUUUCUCACUCUUAGUGCAAACGAGGUACGCUGGUUAGUAUUGCUGAAUUUACUGCUCAAGUUGAGCAACAAAUAUCCUGGCAAAGUCGCCGAAGAUCUCAACACAUCAGAGCGGUGCAACUUGGUGAGUGACGAUCCAAUUACAUGUUGCAUAUAUUUCCACAAACUCGUUGGUACAUUUAUGAAAAUGCUGAAAUCAAAACAGUCAUACAAUCCGUUUGGCCAGUACUACGUGGAGGAUUAUUUCCUUCGCAUUGAGUUUCAACAUAGAGGAAGUCCGCACGCUCACAUUUUACUGUGGUUACACGAUGAUCCACAUGAGACUGUGUCAGAAAAUAUGCCGAAGACCAUCGAGCUCGUGGAGAAGCUGAGUUCCGUCGCCAAAGAAGAUGUGCCCAACGAUACCAUCUACGCCAAUCAAAUCCACAAGCACACUUUCACCUGCACGAAGCGAGGCGAAACGACUUGUAGAUUUGGGAUCCCGUACUGGCCAAUGCUCACUACCCGUGUAUUGAUCCCAAUGCCUCAAACUGAUGGACGCCGCAUAGCAUUCCAAAAAAAGGCCAAGGAGCUACGCAACUGUCUCAGCGAACGUACAUACGCUAGCAUGGACGACUUUCUUAGGGAGCAUAGUUUGACAUUCGAUGCAUAUCUUGACGUAGUGCGUUCAACUUUGCGCAGGCCAUCUAUGUUGUUCAAACGCAACUUCGACCAACUUAUGACGAACACAUUCAACCCUUACCUCGCUGGUGAAAUCAAAUCCAACAUCGAUAUCCAGUUUAUCUUGGAUGAAUACAGCUGCGCACAGUAUGUCGUGGAAUAUGUGAACAAAUCAGCUCGUGGAAUGGGUAACUUGAAUCGUGAGCUGACUAAGAUGAUGGAAGAGCAUCCUGACCGGGACUACACGGGCCAAUUGAAAGCAUUGAGUGUCAAACUUCUUAAUGCAGUUGAAAUGUCAGCUCAAGAAGCAGCAUGGUAUUUACUACGGCAACCGAUGAGCGAAACGAGCCGUCAAAUUAUGUACAUACCAACAGUUUGGCCAUCGGAAAGACAACGCUGUCGCAAACGUAGGAAACAAAUGGAUCGCGAAAACAUCGAAGCAGACAGUACAGAUGUAUUUACCAAGAACAUCAUGCAGCGAUAUGAAGAGCGACCUCCCUCUCUGGAAUCUUCAUAUUUGGCCGAGUUUGCUUCGUAUUACGCUGAUUAUCAUGAUUUCAUCGACAAUGAAGAUGACGUAGAUGUGCAAGAAGACGAAAUUGUAGAACCGGUGACCGAGGAAAGGACAACUGUGGGAAGGACGACAUCAAAUGAACACCGCAGACGAAAAAUUGGACGAAUAAUACGAUACAGACGCUACGAAGUAGAUGAAACUGUUAAUUAUCAACGUGAAAUGGUAUUGCUGUUCUUGCCUUUCCGCAAUGAAAUAGCUGACAUUGUUGAUAGCAAUAAAUUUCUACAACUGUUCAAUGAUAACAAGGAUACCAUAAUGGAACGCCGCCAGCUGUUCGAAAACAAUCUCAACAUCGACAGUGUGAUGCAAGAGCUUGAAGCUAUGAUUAUUCUACAAAAUUCAGACAGCAGAGAACCACCAGAAAUUGAGGAAAGGAGAGUGUUUGUCGAGCAGGUGUUAGGAGGAGAAGGUUCCGAGAACAACGAUGAUGUCAAUCAAAUCGUCCCGCGACAAGGCUUAUUAUCGGUCGUAAAAAAACGUACAAACGUGAUGCCAAAACAGCAAUUUUGUGAGCUGAUACGAACGACGAACCUUGAACAACGUGAGCUGAUUCAUGAGGUCAUACAUCGUUUACAUGGCUGUGGAGAUGAGGUCGUCGACACACUACAAGUUUUCUUCACAGGACCGGCCGGCUGUGGGAAAACUUAUUCAGUAAAGUGCCUGAUGGAGACGUACAAUCGUUACACACAGGAACACAACUCACUGAACAACGCAUACGUUGCUUGUGCAAGCACAGGCAAAGCAGCUGUCCCUAUUGGCGGAACGACAGUUCACUCAGCGUUUCGUCUCACAAAUUCUCGAGUGACAAAACUUCUUUCUGCUGAGAACUUGCAAGCCUACAGAAACAUGUUUGUCGGCGUGAAAGUUGUUUUCAUUGAUGAAAUCAGCAUGUUGAGUGCAGCUAUACUUGGAAAAAUCAAUUAUCGACUACAGCACAUUACCGGUAUUUACGAUCAACCAUUCGGAGGCAUUCACAUGAUCUUAUGCGGCGAUUUCAGACAGCUGCCACCUGUGCGCGCUAGUCCGUGUUACACAGUACCACACAACCAACUCGGAGGACCUGUACUCUGGCAAAGCAUCAACUACUUCCCAUUAGUCCGUGUUGUCCGACAAACUGACGAGCUGUUUUCGACGAUUCUCACCAAAAUUGGAGAUGGACUCAAACUAAGUGUCAAUAAUAUCGCACUUAUUGAGGCCAGGCACAAAUCUGAAGUCUGGUGCAAAGAGAACGUACCCGACGCUGUCAGAUUGUAUUACAGCAACCAUGAAGUAGAUUCAUACAAUCGAAACGCAAUUCAAAACGCACACAACUGUAUCGCCACUGAUAUUAUGCUUGGGUAUUCCAGCAAUUCUGAAAAGAGCCGGGAGCAAGGGAAACUUCACAAGAUGUCGGUUGCAGAAACCGACGGAUUGCCAUACAUGUUGCCAUUAGCAGUAGGAUAUCCGUACAUGAUUACAUCUAACAUAGACGUCGCCGAUGGAUUGGUAAAUGGGGCUAUUGGAGUUUUGCUAUACAUCGAACGUCAGCCAGCCAAUGCAGAUGACCGUUCUGCUCCAGGAGGACCAUCGACCAGCACAAGUUUGCCGCCAGCUGAAGAUGAAAUCGCCACUCUAUGGUUCCAGUUUGAAGACAAAAAUACGGGUACCAAAGCAAAAAUCAAAUGUCGACCACAUGUGCACAGCAAACCAAACACCUUAUCCGUCGAUUGGGUGCCAGUGCACAAGAAAGUGGUAAACAUUUCGUUGACAAAAACAGUGAAGUGCAAGCGAAAACAAUUUCCUUGCGUGCCUGCUUGUGCAAUUACGAUCCACAAGGCCCAGGGUGGGACGUUUACUACAAUUGUUUACAAGUACUCCUCAAAACAAUCACAGCAAUUGGUAUAUGUAGCCAUGAGCCGCGUCACAAGUAUCGACGGAUUGUACAUCAUAACAGAAAAGGACUCUCCAUUGGUUUUCAAACAUGGCCGAGAUGGAAACGACUCACAGACUACUCGAGAUAUUCGCAAUGAAUACUUACGACUUCGUGGACACACUCUAGACACAAUUACCAAACAAGCCGUAAAAUUCUGUGACGACGCAACCGACGCUGGACAACUUAUUGUAACGAACAUCAACUGUCAAAGUUUACGUGCCCAUGCCGCGGACAUUGAAACAGAUACAGUGAUACCACGAUCCGACUAUUUAGUAUUGACUGAAACGUGGAUGCGCGACACUUGUGAAUCAACUCCAAUCAAGGGUUAUGAGUGCGUAUCCAGGGAAAAUAAUCGACCUAACUCAGAUACCAACGCGGCUGGUGGAGUGGCGAUCUAUCGUAAAUUAUCAUCGACAUCUACGGCGGAAGUGGUCCAAGUUGCGAUGACAGACGUAACUCGUGUCAUUAAAACCAAGGGUGACAUGUCCAUGACUAAAGUAACUUGCUUCGCCGCUAAUACUAGCUUCAAGUUUAUACUCGGUGCUGUAUAUAUUCAUCCAGGAGCUAGUAUGCAGGAUAUUGGAAUGUUACUAUGGCAAGGACUCGCUCCGUACAUUCACAACAGCCAGUACGUGCCACCGUUCGUGCGAGUUGAUUCUAGUAUACCGAUUCUUCUGUGUGGUGAUUUUAACAAAAACGUAAAGCCUGACAACUCGUUUCUUAAUUUCAUGAAAAAUACGUAUAAUCUUGAUUGCGUAUCAAACGUUUCUAAGUCAACUACGUUAAAAGGAACAACUGUCGACUUGACUUUCGCAAGACACAUUACAGCAGAAACACUUCCUUUCAUUUCAUAUUUCUCGUAUCAUCGUCCUAUCCUCAACAAAAUCACUCAAAUAGGAGUUAGUUAAGUUUAAGUUUACAUGUACAAUGUUUUAGUAAACAAAAUAUAUUUCUAUAGUUAAAAUUUGUGCAAUUCUUAUUUUCAUUCAAUUCCUUGUUCCUAUUGUGCAAUUUAAUUAUAUUCAUAUCAAUAAAUAUUCUACCGAG